AUGGGAGGAGGUGAGCGCAUGGCUGGAUCAAAGUUCGACGGUGAGAAGCCGGACAGCGAGUUCGAGCUCCCGGAGAACGUGAAGCUCGGAGUCGGCGACACAUACUUCAGUGGCAAGCUCGCUGCCCGCAUGGCGCGGCUUGUGACCAUUGCCGCGGAGAUGGGGAAGUCCGACGAGGAUUUUGUGAAGAGGAUGUUGGACGACCUGCAGACGACCUGCGAGGCGUGGCUGACAAAGAGCGGCAGCACCCCCUUCAUUUACGAUCGCUCCUGGGGAGGCUUGGUCUCCUGCGGAUGCACUUACGACGACUGUUGGAACAGCUGCGCUCCGCACUGCUCCAACGAUGCGUCAAAGCCUUCGACGUGCCCGGCGCUGCGUAACGUAGGCUACAACUUCGGAAAUGGCUACUACAACGACCACCACUUCCACUACGGCUAUUGGAUUUACACCACAGCGGUGCUGGCAAAGUUCCGGCCCGAGUGGGAGAAGAAGUGGAGGGAACCUGUGCUGGCCCUGAUCAGGGACUACGCAAACCCAUCCUCUGCAGACAAGAAGUUCCCUGUCGUGCGGCACAAGGACUGGUUCCUGUGCUUCUCCUGGGCCGGCGGAAUCAAGUUCGAGCCUCUUGGCAGGAACCAGGAGAGUGUCAGCGAGGCGAUCAACAGCUACUACGCCCUGGCAGUGUACGGCACUGUCUUGGCGAAUCGUGGCGACGAGGCUUCGCAGAUGGGCAUCCAGCUUCGGCAGCUUGGUCGCCUCUUGAUGGCCAUGGAGGUCCACGGCGGGGACACGUACUGGCAUGUACGUCCUGAUAGCAAGUUCUACCCAAACUUCCAACACCCAACGGUGGGCAUCAUGUGGGAGCACGUCUGCCUCCACCAAACCUGGUUUGGAGGAAAAGGCUGGGCUGUGGAAGGAAUCCAGAUGCUGCCUGUCGUCCCAGCGUUAGAAGACUUCUUGAACGAGGAGUGGGUGAUGCAGCACUUCCUCUCUUACAAGGAUUCCUGCGAGAGCGACCCCGGCUGCAAGAAACUGGGCUGGUCCUGGCUCGUUUGCAUGCAGCAGGCAGUUGUCAACGUCAGCGAUGCCUUCGAGUGCUUGCACAGGUUGGAUGACGAGACUUUCAGCAUGAGGAAUGCUGCUGCCGGCGGCAAUUCCUUGACAAACUCGCUGGUCUGGCUGGCCACCCGCCCUGGCAGAAAAGAUGUAAUCCCUUGGCCGCGCAUAGCGCAGCGGCAGGUGGCGACCACUACUCCCAAACCAGUGCUGCCGCACCUUCUCCCAACUGUGGCACCCUUGAAGAAGUUCGGCCGGCAUGGUGUGCGCAUGAACAACGGGUGCUUCGCAGGGGAGAGUGUCGUAUGUCCGAACAUUCCGAACUCCUACUGCCUUGGAGACGAGUGCUGCCCGGACCAGUCGUUGUGCCCGUCAGCUCCAUACUACUCCAACAAGAUCUGCAAGCACCCGAAAAAGGUGGCGUGCAGGGGCACGGAUGGCGACAAUCCAGCCGAGGAGAAGGAACCAGAGGAGGAGAAGGAACAACCGAAGGGCCAAUGCAAGCCUGGAAGCACGGUGCGAUGCCCCAAUUCGGAGGACUUCUGCAAAGAAAGCCAGUGCUGCCCCGAUGGCACGCUGUGCCCGUCGGCACCCAACUCUGGGUCAAAGUGCCAGAAGCCCAAAGCGCAUGACUGCACAGGGCUUCAUGCUCCGAAACCCUUGAAGCUGCCGGAGUUCUGCGAGGUGGGCGAGGCCGUGCCGUGUCCCAACUCGAACCUUCACUGUGCAGGGUCUCUUUGCUGCCCCGAUGGGUCGCCGUGCCCCUCUGCGCCAAACUCGGCGACUUGCUGGAAGAAGGAGAAGCUCGGGGACUGCACAGUCCAGGCUCCGGUGGAGCCUCCGAAGCCAGAGCACAAGGAGCCCAAGUUCGAGGACUUCGGCCCAUGGGAAAGCACGGCGGAUGACGAGGAGCCUUCCGGAGGAGCCGCCGAAAAGGACUUGGAUGGUGCAGAGGACGGUGAUGACCUGGAGCAGGAGCAGGCGGAGGAGGAGGAGGAGCAGGCGGAGGAGGAGGUCACCGAUGAGGAUGCCGAAGAGAAGCAGGACUGCGAUGCCAGCUUAGUCGCCGCCGCGCCAUGA